UUUAAGGAGCUAGCUGCUCCCCUGCAGGCCCGGCACCACCCCCCUUCUCACAUACACCGGUUCAGAGCCACCUUAAAAGCCGGAGGCAACUGUCGAGUUGCUGGCCACUCCCAAAUUCCUGGCCCCCCGGGUGCACCGCUGUGGAGAUACUAUGUUGUUCUUCGCUCUCCUGUUAAAGGUGGCUUGGAUCCUGGCUGCAGACGGGGGUCACCACUGGACAUAUGAAGGCCCACAUGGUCAGGACCACUGGCCAACCUCUUACCCUGAGUGUGGAGGCAAUGCCCAGUCCCCCAUCGACAUCCAGACGGACAGUGUGAUAUUUGACCCUGAUCUGCCUGCUAUACAGCCCCAUGGAUAUGACCAGCCUGGUAGUGAACCUUUGGAGCUAUUCAAUAAUGGCCACACAGUACAGCUCUCCUUGCCCCCUACCCUGCACCUGGGGGGACUGCCCCGGAAAUACACAGCAGCCCAGCUCCACCUGCACUGGGGUCAGAAAGGAUCCCAAGAGGGCUCAGAGCACCAGAUCAACAGUGAAGCCACAGCCGCAGAGCUCCACGUGGUCCAUUAUGACUCGGAGUCCUAUGGCAGCCUGAGUGAGGCUGCCCAGAAGCCCCAGGGCCUGGCUGUCCUAGGCAUCUUAAUUGAGGUGGGUGAGACUGAGAAUCCAGCUUAUGAGCACAUCCUGAGUCAUCUGCAUAAAAUAAGACACAAAGAUGAUGUAACCUUCGUGCCUGCCUUCAGUGUGAGAGAGCUGUUCCCCAAGCUGGAGCAGUUCUUCCGUUACAACGGCUCACUCACAACUCCCCCCUGCUACCAGAGUGUCCUCUGGACAGUCUUCGACAGAAGGGUCGAGAUGUCAAUGGGACAGUUAGAAAAGCUCCAGGAGAUGCUGUCCUCUACAGAAGAGGCGCCCCCUGAGCCCCUCAUACGGAACUACAGAGUCCCCCAGCCUCUCAACCAGCGGACCGUCUUUGCUUCUUUCACCCAAGUGGGACCAUUGUAUACCACAGGAGAGAUGCUGGGUCUAGGCGUGGGAAUCCUGGCUGGAUGUCUCUGCCUUCUGCUGGCUGUUUAUUUCAUCGCUCGAAAAAUUAGGAAGAAGAGGCUAGGAAACAGGAAGAGUGUGGUCUUCACCUCAGCACGGGCUGCCACAGAGGCGUAAGCUGUCUCAAGAUGCCAUGGACGCCUUCCCCUUAUACCUGUUAGAGAGCCUCUCUAAGGGGGUGCAGGGACUGAACUACCAGUAGUAGGCAGACACAUGCCCUUCUACAUACCACCUCCCCACUCAUACACCAGAGAAGCCAGGACCCAGUUCUUGAAGGAAAAGCUGAGCUGUUGGCCUUUCAACAACGAAGGUCGGGAGAUCCCUGUUUUAAUGUUUAGCUGAGGAUAGGCCCUGAUGUCCCUCACCUUACAGUUUCACUGCCCCUCACCUAGACACACGUCGUGGAUUUUUUUCUUUCCUCUAGGAAAAAGAGCUGCUGCUAGGAUUUUAGUUAUUUUUUUUGCUCAAUAAUGUUUGAAAACUCAAGUUUCUGACCUUAA